AAUUAUGAUUGUGCCAGCCUACAGCUUUUGCUCUUUUGAUAUACGGUAUUAGUCUGAUUGUUUUUCAUUCUAUCAUCAGUUUCAUUUGUAGUAUUCUCAAGAGGUUGGGCUCCCUGCCCCCAAUUAUCACAGGGACAUGCAAAGCAAAGUCACAUGACCAGGCCUGGCCUGUGGGUGUGUCAGCUAAUCUGCUCCACUGUCCGUGUCUUCCUCCACCUUCAGUUCACUGAUCACAAAAGUGAAGAAAGCUUUGGAAGUAAGGAUGGGAAGAACUACAGAAGGCAGCGUGGCACCUGUGAACUAAACCAGUCUCUGGCCAAUCCAUUCCCCUGGAGAUCACAUUGAGAUGGAAGAAGAUCCACUGGACAGAGACCACUUCCUGUCUGUGGUCCUGCCUGGUGGCCUGGAGAAACAUGCCACUGUACAUGGAAGUAAACCUGUGAUGGACGUGUUGGUGACCCUAUGUGCAAACUACCAUCUAAAUCCCACCGACUACACGGUGGAGGUUCUCUCCCCCAACAAGAACAACAUUGCCUUCAAACCCAACUCUCCCAUUGGCUCUCUGGAGGCAGAGAAAAUUGUACUGAAGCCUAAAGGAGUCGAAGAAAAGAUCAGGAGGCCGUAUAUGCCAGAGGCCACAGUCCGACUUUUGAUCAACUACCACAAGUCCCAUAAAACCGUGGUGCGAGUUAAUCCCAGAGUGCCCCUUAAAAUUCUGCUGCCUGCUGUGUGUGACAAGUGUGAGUUUGAAGUGGAUUCCACCGUGUUAUUCAGAGACCGUCUGUCCAAAGAGCCUCUGGACCUGACCAAAACCUUGAAUGAGCACGGAUUAAGAGAAGUGUUUGCCAAAGAUACUGCUCAGGAGCAGUGUGCUGAGCGUUGCCAUGAAACAACAAGAGGUGGCGCAGAUCAACUCAGGAUCGAGAAGAAACAGAACGCGAAGAGAGGAUUUUUUGCCUUAUUUAGAAAGAAGAAAAAGAAAAAAGCCGAAGUGGAAAGAGCAGGGAGCACUGCUGCCUCUACGGCUCUCAACAUUCAAACCACUCUCCAUCUGAAUAAGACUGACACUCCUGCUGAAACGCCUAAGAAGAGGCGAGCACCUCAGCCGCCUGUUAGUGGCUCACAGAGUGUUCCCAGCAAUAUGGACACCUGCCAUCUUAGAGGGACGCAGAGUACUGAAUCAACCUUAAGAAUGACUAAGAGGAAAGCUCCGCCCCCUCCAUGUGCAAACACACCCCCUGAGGUUAUGCAGAUUAAAGGAAGUGUAGAGGAUCUAAACAGUCAAGAUCUGCAGGGGGAAAGCGAUAAGUCAGAGUCCUUAAAACAAUCAUGGUCUCCAUCUUUGACUCCAAACCAUCCUCCACCACGAUCAUCUUCAUCCUCAUCUACCUCACAGUCGUCUGCUGACGUCUGCCUACCCGUGUUUGGAAGGAAAGACUUUUAUGACGCUCGUUCUGCUCUGGCCAAAGUCCUCGUGUCAUCUGUUUCAAAGGGUUCAAGGGUCAGUCAUCGGCCAUAUUCUGCUCCAGAAUUUCCAGCACGCUCUGUGUGUCUGCAGCAUCAAGGAAGACGUUUGUCCUUUGAACUGGAGCCUGAAUGGCAGGAUCCUCUCCAGAGGCCUGGGACAACUACGUUCAAAGUGGUCCCAUCAAACAAGCAAGUGGUUGAGAAAGCAGCAGAGACAUUAGACAGGAUUCAGCUUUCACUUUCCUAUUCUGCAACUCCUGACCGUGAGCAUGAAGAUUAUUCAAGUUCUCCUUCCAGAUGUGAUGUACAGACACCUUUGAUGAAGAAGGACACAUUUAACUGCUCUGGUCCAGAGUCUCCUCCUCUGCCUCCUCUCUCCGUGGAGGGACAGGAAACAGAGGAGGAGGAUGACGGUGAAGACAAAUCCGAUGUCACAGAUGAACAGAAACUCUGCAGAAACUCAAAAGAACUGAGUACAGGCCUUCACAGCUGCAGGGGUUCGUCUGUGAGCGCAGACAUUGAGCUGUGGGACUCAGAAACUGCAGAAGGUGAAGACUUGGAGAAGGGAGAGAUAACAGAAGAGGACACUUUCCCUCCUCCUCCUUCUCCUGUCUUCUUCGAUGAAGACUCAGAAGUCGUGGAAGAGCAAGAAGAUGCUUCUACUUUCCCUCCACCUUCUACCAAACCGGUGACAUCUGGACUAGACGAAGAGUUUGAUGACAGGAAAAGCACAGCUCAGUCCAGGUUUGCACAGGCUGUAGCCUUAGCUGUGCAGAGGUAUCACCUCAGGGAUGAUGGGACAGGUUUAGGCCCCAGAGCCAGCACUGAUUCAACUAGUUCCACAUAUUAGUACUGCAAGCUGAAGGUUACCCAGCAUAGGUGAAAAAUAUAAUCGUAGAGAAAGCUAAUUGUUAGCACUGAACAGCAAUAACAAUGUUCAAUGGAAGAUAAAAUUGUAACUUAAAGUUAAGUCCUAAGAAAAAUAAAGUAUCUAAAAGUGAGCAUCAGAAUAGCUAACAACUAGCCAUAGAAUUGAUAAAUGUAGGCCAAAUUUAGUAAAUCAAGGUUUAGCAAAAACAAAGUGCUAAAAAGCUAGAGAUCGGGUAAAACACCUUUCAACAGUUUUGAAUAACAAAACUGUAUCCCAUUACCAAACACAGACGACCUAAUAAAUAUAUAUGGUCAACAUUUGACAAAAACUAAUAGGAAAUAUUAGCUUAGGAGAACUUAGUUAGCAUAUGCAGUAUUAUAAAUUACUGUUGAUAAAUAUUGGAUUUAUUUAAACAAGGCUAAAAUAUUAAUCAGAGUUAGGUUCACUGAGUUUGUAAUUACAGAAACAUGUUUCACAAAGUGAAUGGAAGUAUUUAAAGAAGUGAACGUUCUAGAUGUUUGUUUUUCUGCUUCUGUAGUGCAGCUUUCUGAUACAUAUUUUAACAGCAGAGCAGCAGUUCCAGCACUUUGUCUGUUGACAGGAAGUAACAUGUUGUUAAUUCCUUUUAUAAGUUUAAAUCAAUGUGUUUAAAUUUUUUAUUGUUUUUGACUUUUUUAUUGUCAGUAGACAUCCUUUAAGGACAGUGCCAUGACAGCAGAAAAUAUAUAUUUUUUAAUAUAAAACAAAGACUUAAAAAUACUUAAUUUUUUUGCCACAUGUCCUUGUUUUAUUGCUAUUAUUUUUGGAAUUAAUCUUUAAAUACUCCUUGUCUACGUUGAUGACAGUAUUGUGUUAUGGCCACCAGGUGGCAGGGGAGUAUUUUUUGUUUCUGACUCUUGUACCGAAAGGUCUGAAUGAUUGCAGACUUACAGUAUAUUCGGUUGAUAACAAGUGUAUUCUGCAAAUUACAAUAAAAUUACAGGUGCAUUAAAAUUUACAGAGGUGGGUUUUAUUUAGACUUCUUAUACUACUUUGUUUUUUACUAAUAUUAUUAUAGUAAUUUGUUAUAUUCUAUUAUUGAAUAAUCAGUGAUUGUUUUUAAGCAAUACCAAAAGCAGCAGAAAAAAAAGGAAAACUCUAUAAGAUCUGGCUGGAAAAAAACUCUUUUACUCUGACCAACCAUCUACAAUCCAGGUUAAUAAUAAUAAAAAAAGUCCUCAGCCAAACUCAGUCAACUAAAUGCCAUGAAAAGACUAUGCUACAGAAAGGCCAAUGAGUGAAUAAGAUGGUAAACAUUAUGGCUUUAAUUUAUUUCAUAUAUUCAAAGUUAACAACAAUACAACUAAAUAUUGACCCAAUACUUUAUAAUAAUUGUUAAAUGAUAUUUGAAUUAUGAAAAUUCAAAAUAAAUUAAAUAGAGAAGUACCAGGGAUGGCCUGGACUUUGGACACACCUGCCCAAUAGUGGCUCUUGGAUCUAGAAUCUUUUGGAGUGUAAUUGUUGACAAAUAUCAUAAAUAUAGAGAAAGGGAGACGUAUACGGUGGAAUCAUUCUUCUUCUUGAAUAAACUCAGUCCACUGCUGCCCCCACUGUUUGUUGGCUCUUUAGCGGAGCUGCACCUCGGGGCACCACUGCACAGCUGUACUCUGCUGCCAAAAGAAUUCACUCCGCCAUGCUUAUCGAUCCAUCCCAGGCCCUGGAGGAAGAGCAGGAGCUGCAGAGGUAGAGAUGUUUCCAGAAAAGCCUUUGGCUGAACCUCAUGUUAAGCAGGCCUGCAGACAGAGAGAUGUACUCUCUCUCCCUCUCUCUCUCUCUCCCUCUCCCUCUCUCUGUGAGUUUCUGCUCCGUGACAGAGAGAAAAGCUGCAAGAGGAUGAUGGGAAGUGACCUUGACCCUGUCAUGUUUCUGCGGCCCUCUCUCAUGAAGGGCCACUGCAGCCCUCAAAGGCACAGCCAUGUCACACCGCCGUUGUCAUGGGGAAUGCCAUUACCAGUCCUGAGGAUGGGAGACAGAGAGAGGGCCAACAUCUUAGAAAAACAGGAAAAGUCAACGUAAAAUAAAACAGACGCAGUGACGGAGUUGAACCAAUCGUCAACGCUGGCAUUCUCCCUCCUUUACAGCUAAAGGUUGGAACCUAACCUGAGCAGCAGUGAUUGGUGAGAUACUGACAGGAGGGAGCUGGACUUUUAAUUUCUGCUUAAACGCAAAAUGCUACCAUGUCGUCUUGAAUUAUCAUCCAACCUGUGGAUGAUCUAAAAAUAGGAGACGGCUGGGACCACAGAUAACUUUAAUAACCUGUUUUAUGUUAACUAUUACUCAGCUAAUGAAACCGUCCAUUCCUGUUAUCUUUUAGAAUGUCAGCUCUCCACAGUCUUAAGCUAUUAGCCUUUUACUUGAACCACAUUUUUAUGGUUAUCUUCUGGUAUAGCGUAUGGUUUGUUCUCCCUAACCUGUUUAGCUACGAUUGGGUAGGAUUUCCUAUUUUGGCGCUAUCAUGUGAAUAACGAGUGCCAGUUUCUGCAAUUCAGGCUAGCAUUUUAUCGUUGUUCUUUUCUUUUAAUCUUCAAUGUUUUCCGCAAGUUACUAGUCUUGCUAUUUUGAGCAAAUAUUAUCUUUCUCAUUGUUGCUUUAUGUUGACGGUGAGAUUAGUUUCAAACUUUUCCCAAGAAUUCACACAUUUCAUUUAAAUCUGAUUGUUUUACUAUUUGUUUUUUGAAAUCUUUAGAAUAUCUCGAGCCUCUCUUAAUUUCGUUUUUUAGUUUUGGUGAAUUUCAUCGUCCAGAGUUAAUAUCAAGUGUGAUGUCAGACACUGUAACUUUUUUAACAGUUUAUAUCUUCAAAAAUAUCCACAUUAAUUCUUUAAAAGGCCAGUGUGAUGGGACUGUUCUGAAGGUUAUUUUAGCAUUGAGCUGGUGAUUAUUUCUGUAGGAAUAAGUGACUUUUUUUUUUAUUAGUGUUAUUUGUCUGAUAGAUCUGAGUUCACACUCUAAUCAAUAAGAUAAAUCCUGGCCCAUUCAUCAGUGGGCAGUGGUGGUUUGGUGGUUAAGCAAGCAGACUUGAAGGCUUCAGGUUUGAGUCCACCAGCUGCCAAGUUACCACUGAGGUGCUGUGAGCAUGGCACCGUCCCCACACGCUCUCCGGGUGCUCGAGCUGCCCCCUGCUGGGUACAACGCAAAGGUCACACUUGGUGGUGUGCAGUGGUGUGCUGCUCAUCUACGACACAAAGUAACAAAGUAAUUCACUUACAUUUCUCAUCUGUUCAUUUAUCCAGAUGUGUUUAGCCUUUAGAUGUUGUGAAGAUACCCACGAGCUGGCAGGAGUCAGAAUCUGAUUGUAAAGCAGUCAGAGUCGGCCUCAGGCUGCCUAUUUGUGUGUGUGUCGGAGGCCGCAUGUGUGCAGCAGCUAAUGUAUGUGUGCUUACAUGGCACCUCCACGCUCGGUUAGAAAUAAUCGAUGGAUGAAUCACUGUAAGUGAUGCUCUCCUUUCCAGCGGCGGAAUGCUAUUCUUUGCAGUUCAUCGCGGGAAUGGUAUCCCAAAGUGAGGCAGGGCCGUCUCAAACACGGCCACAGCUGCAGGGCGUUUUUGUGGAAGAGCGCAGUUGACCUCUGACCUUCUGCUCCUGCUCGUCUCCAUACUCCUUGGCAGAGCGGCGAAGCACGGCGCUCCUACCUCAUUGUUGUUGUCAGCGCUUCUUCUGUGCACUGCGCUGCUAGUUAAGAGGUUCAAAUGGUAUGGAAAUGAUAUUUAGCUCUUCUCUGAUCCUAUAAACUCCUCUACAGGAUCUGCUUUCUGCUCAGUUUAGGAAAAAAGCCUUAAGACAAUGUUGCUAAUAAUACAAUUGAAAGGAUUGCAUCGGUCAAUUACUUUCUGAUUCAAGUUGACUUUUAAAUUUAUAUUUAUGCAUUUAGUAGACGCUUUUAUCGAAAGCUAUUUCCAAGUGUGGAGGAGUCAUUAGGUGUUCCCCCUGGGAAUCCAAGCCAGGACUCUCUGCUCUUUGCUUACAAGGCAGGCGUGCUAACUGUUAGCUGCUUUUAAUCACCACAGAUAAAAACCACCACAGUUUUUUAUCACUCACAAAAGGUUGCUGGUAUUUCAUCCCUGUGAAAAUAAUCUCCGGUCCAGAUGCAAAUGAACCAGGGUCUAAAAUAAACAUAUCUAAGUAUGAUGUGAUUUAUAUAGAUCAGUAAAACUUCAGCACAGCCCAGACAGCAGCCUACACAAUAUUAUUCUAUCAACAUUCAUCACACCAAUAGAAGUUCAACAAGACAAGGCAGGAAGAUAGUAAAAGCAUUAGUAAAUUAGCAUUAACAUAAGCUACAAUAAAAGUAGAGAAAAGAAAAUCAAGACACAAAAUCCAAUUAAGGAAAAAUCAGUGGUUUUCCAGUGGACUUCUCUGGGAGGCGCCAAAAACUCUUCUAUUGUGAAACUGAACUAGUUAAACAUGAAUAAACUAGUUAACAUACUUAUGACCUAACUAACUUACUGUACAUGACUUGUUACACGUACAGUAGCCAAUAGCAUGACUUUACUACUGAGUGAAAACAGGAAGUGAUGUAAUGGCUAUUUAAAGUUUGGAGUUUCGUGGACUGGUGUGGAGCAGACAUUUCAUUGUGUGAAUGAAAUUUGUUUUAACAACUUUUUUGCAUUUUGAGAAUCUACUCUAGUAUUUCGGUGUAUAUGCAUAUGGAUUUUUUUAAAAGCUGAAAGUAAGAAAACGUGGCUAAACCUCAAAAGAUGAGUAAACAGAUUUCAGAAAGGAAAGCUAAGGAUUUUGACAAAACAAUCUUUAUUAAUCUCCAAAAUCAUAAAAUGAAAUAAAUAUAUAUGUAAUAGAUUACCUGGAAGAAGGGCACA